UCUGCUUCCACCUCUUUCCGCAGCCGCGCGCGCCCGCUCUCUCUCGCCGCCGUGGGUUGCAUUGUAAGACGCGUCGCGUGUUUGGUCUUGGCACCCGCGGCCAUUCAACCAACACGCUCCGCCACCAUCACACACCCUUUCUCUCCGAGACUUUCACUUCGCUUGCUUUGCCCGCCAUGACAACUUUUCAUCAAGAUUCCAUUUUCCGUUACUUUCCUCCCGCUCCUUCUCUUGCCCAGACCACCUCUUCCGUUGCUCCACAUUCUUCGCACCUGCAUCACGUCAGCAUGUCUCCCCAGCCCCAAUCUCAAUCUAAGCUGCGCUCCAAUUCCAUCAACUCCAUCUCCACCGACGCCUCGCAUCAAGGCAGGCGUGCCAAGUCGUCGCGUCCCAAGCACAGCUGGGCCUACGUGCCCGUUGAUCCCGCCGAAGAGCAGGCCCCACCGUCCACGGCCACGCGCCUGGAGAAGGAGCUGCACAGCUCUUUCACCUCCAACUUUCUCUCCGGGCCCCGACGUCGCACAAGGCCGGCCGCAGACAACAAGUACUCCUACAACACGGCCAGCGACGUCACCUCGACUGCGCCCAGCAGUCACACCGAAGAAAGCGUCUACUCGUCCAAAUCCAGCAACACAGCCGUCUCGCCCGCUAGCUCUCCCGCUCCGCCCGCCGCAGCCGCCAGUCGCAAGCGCAAGGACUCGGUCGCCGCGUCAGGAGACCCCUCGGCUCACGUGCCCAAGAAGAUCAAGACCUCAUCGUCAUCGUCAUCAGCAGCAGCACCAGCCCCAGCAGAAUCAGUGCCAGCCCCAGCGGUUGUGUCACCACCGCCGCCUCCGCCAAAGCCGGCAGAGGAAAAGCCGCAGACGCGCUUCCCCGGACUCUUCCCCAACGGCCUGCCGCCGCUGUCCAACAAGGAAAACGCCGCACAGCCCAAGUCGCCCGGGCUAAUCUCCCCCCACGGCAGCCCCGGAAGCGGCGGCAAUUCGGCGCAGAAGCCAGCGCAGCACUUCGACACGAGCACCAAGGCUGCCAGCCUGACGUCAGUCGACGCGGCGCAUAAGCGCAAGAGAUCAACAUCCCCGUCGUCGCCGUCGACCAGCGCAAUGCCCAAGAAGAAAAAGACGUGGGCCAAAAAGGCGCAGCAACACCACCACAACCACCACCACCACUCACCACUGCAGCAGCACGUGACGGCGGCGUCAUCGUCGUCGUCAUCGUCGUCGUCGCGGAUGCGCUACCCGACGGACCAGCAGCUGUCGGAGCAGCUCGAAGAUAUUAUGCUGACGGGGCUGCGGGCGGGGCCCGCGGCGUACGAGAGCGUCGAGCAGUACCGGGCGGCAGUGGCGGCGGAGGCGGCGUGGCAGGAGGGAGAACGCGGGGUGGUGGAGCGGAUGCUGGGGAACCCGGAGGUGCGGGCGCGGCUGCUGCGGCUGCGCGAGCUGAACGAGGAGAUUGCGGCGGAGCGGCGGGGCGAGGCCGUCGGCGAGCUGAAGACGUCGAAGAAGAAGAAGAAGGGCAAGAAUCCGGCGAAUAAGGGUAUUGGCAGGGGGAACUGGAAAAGGAAGCCAAAGGUUUCGGAGCCCGUGGUUGAUGAGAGCGAUGAUGAUGGCGGGGUGGGCGAUGAGGAGGGCGUCGAUGGCGAGUGAUUUUGGGGGGAUGAACAGAGGGAGGGACGAAGAAAUGGGAAAAGAGGCUGCUGAAAGCGGAAGCGGAUGCAAUCAAUAUUGCAAGGGCAACGAGCCAUUAGCGGAGAGGAUGAAGUGCAC